AUGGGCUCCCCUAAGUAUAUAUAUAUAUAUAUAUAUAUACACAUACGCACGUUGCACAUAGCAGUGUGUUCAACUCAAAGACCUAACUUCAAAUGGCAUGACGGAAGAAACAAGGCACAGAAGAAGAGAUUUGAGAUUUCAGUCUUGGCAUCGGAAAAGAUGAGGCGUUCCAUUUCUUUGUUCAAUUUGGCCAUCUCUGUGCUCAUUCUUUCUCAAGUUGCAGUUGGGGAAGAUGUUGUAGAGGAAACCUGUAAGAAGGUAGCGGCCAAAGAGCCGGGCAUGAGCUACGACUUCUGCGUGGCGUCCCUCCAAGCGGAUCCCAAGAGCCGAACGGCGGACCUGCCGGGACUCGGCGUCAUCUCCAUGAAGUUGAUGAUAUCCAAUGCGACCAACGUGAAUGAAUACAUAAAGCAGCUCUUGAAAGAUGGGAAACUGGAGAAUAUGACUCGGCAGGCCUUAGAGGAUUGCUCGAGUCUGUACUCGGAUUCCAUCUCUUCUGUGAAGGAUGCCAUCAAUGACUUCAAGUCGAAGGAUUACAACGGAGCCAAUAUAAAGAUCAGUGCGGCCAUGGAAGCACCCACGACGUGUGGAGAAGGUCUUUCGGAGGGGAAAGCCAAGGAGUCUGGUUUGACGGAGCGGAACGAUGCUUUCUACAAACUGAGUGGAAUUGCUCUCGUAAUAACCACCCUCUUUAAUUGA